AUGCUGCAAGCAAGGCAAAAUUUGAUGCGUUUCAAACACCUCUGCUCUGUCUCUUAUCGUAAUUAUCAAGUCGCGAUCACAGGCGCUGGAAGCGAAAUAGGACAGACCAUUUCCUUGCUCCUGCGAACCAAUCCCUCCAUUUCCAAACUGGUUUUGCACGACACUCUACAGUAUACGCCCGGGGUAGUCCUAGAUUUAUCUCAUAUCCCCUCGAAAUCCAAAGUGAAAGGUUACGUCGGGGAGGAUACAUUAGACGAGGCUCUGCAGGGCUCCAACCUAGUUAUCGCCGCUGGGGGAAUUCCUCAGCACUCUGACAACGUGAACAGGUCGAUACUGUCGAAGAACGCAGACUUCAUUAAGGAGGUCGCGUCAUCCGUGUCUCUAGUGUCGCCCCUGCCAUUCUUCGGGAUAGUGACGGAACCGAUCAACACCUUGGUCCCGCUAGCCGCCGAGGCCAUGAGGAACCAGGCCUCCCACGAUCCGAACAAGCUGUUCGGUAUAACGGGCGUCGACGCACUACAAGCGCAGACCCUGUACGCAAGGGAGAGCGCUCUCAUACAAAGCGAAUGCAUCGUGCCGGUCAUCGGUGGACACUCCAGGGAGACUAUGGUGCCUCUUUUCUCGCAAGCCACCCCCAGGAGCAAGCUGACGGAGGAGAAGAGCCAAGAGCUGACGGCAAUACUUAGGAACGCAACGCCCGAGCGUUCUGAGAGCCACUCGCCCACGCUGUCAGUCGCUUACGCUGUCUCUAUAUUCGUGAACAGCGUGCUGGAAGCCCUAAAUGGGGAAACUGUGCAGGUCAACGCCCUCGUCGAGAACAACGACUUCGGCACAUCGUUCUUUUCGGGCCUGGUGGACGUCGGCCCGAAGGGUGUAAGCGAGAUGCGAACGUACACGGAUCUGUACCACCACGAGUGCGUUCUGCUAGAGAGCAGCAUAAAGCAGCUGCACAAGGAUGUGGACGUUGGCAAGAAGAUAAUGGAACUGGUG